GCUUGUCAGUGGGGUAGAGAGGCGCGUGCCAGCAUCCUCGUGCCGAGCUUCGGCCGUCGUCAAGGGAGGGUCUCCGUCAGAGUUCAGGUGUGUGCGCGCGUGCCCGAAGCGGGAGGAUGCCAGCCGCGCGCCGCAGCCGGGGCUGCCGCUGCUGAACCGUCCGCCGUGUGUCGUCGCUCUGCCUCCCGGCGGCUCCUCGCGCCUCGUCGGCGCCGCAUCCUCGCGCGUCCCGCCGGAUUUGUGAAUCAGCCUCCACGCACGGAUGCAGCUGCCGUGAACGCGCGCAGAGGGGGAGACGGGAGCACAAACAGCCGCGCUGUGGUCACGCACGGCCGGGAGGAUUAACGCACGCUGGGAUUACUGCUGCAGGAUCACAGGCUCCCAUCAGUGCUGGCUGGGUUUGUUGCUGGGUGAUUUUGAAAAAAACUUUAUGGACUCGUGGAGACAUUUUCAUCUUUUCAUCUUAAAUAUGUGUUUUAAUCCGCCAAGUGAGGACACAUAACAUUAAAAACGGGAAGGAGAAUCAGAAAUGUGCGCGCGGGCGGAUGGAGAAGAAAGUUCCUGCUUGAAAUAAUCUCUGACACCACCGAGGAGCUGAGCUCCUCAUCAAUGAGGAGGAGGAUGGCUGGUUAUCACCUGCAGAGGAGAUGAAGAAUCACACUGAUCAUAGUAACCACAGGAACAUUAUGGGAUGGAUUCUCCCAGACUUUGAUGGAGAGCCACGAGGAGAGAGCUGGAGCCUGAUCUCCUCCUGCUGGACUCUGUGAGUUCACUCCUCCGUGUCUCUGUCUGCUGUUGCUCCCUAAAUUAAUCAGGUGUAAAACCAAAAAAUCUAAAGGAGGAGAGGAUGAGCUCCAACCCGACCGGAGCUGCUCCAUCACUUUGAUCCAAAAACCCAGAAAACUGACAUUUCUGCCCCGGGAUUAAAGGACAAGCUCCGCUCUGCUGUGGAGGAGUGAGCAGGAGGAGGAGGAGGAGGCGCGGUCCCGUCAGAUGAGUGAGCAUGUCGGACCGGAGCGCCCCGGGCUGCCGGCUCAGACUGGACUGGGUCUACGGGUACCGGGGCCACCAGUGCCGGAACAACCUGUUCUACACGGCCGGGAAGGAGGUGGUGUACUUCGUGGCGGGAGUGGGCGUGGUUUACAACACGAGGGAGCACAGCCAGAGGUUUUACAUGGGACACAACGAUGACAUCAUCAGUCUGGCCUUGCAUCCGGAGCGCUCCCUGGUGGCGACGGGUCAGGUGGGGAAGGAUCCGUACGUGUGCGUCUGGGACUCCUUCACCGCCCAGACCGUGUCUCUGCUGCGGGAUGGACACACUCAUGGCAUCGCCUGUCUCGCCUUCAGCCCUGACGGACAGCGGCUGGCGUCGGUCGGUCUGGAUGCCAAGAACACCGUUUGCAUCUGGGAGUGGAGGAGGGGGAAGAUCCUGGCCUCGGCCACCGGCCACUCGGACAGGAUCUUUGAUAUCUGCUGGGAUCCGUUUCAGCAGAACCGCCUGGUGAGCUGUGGAGUCAAACACAUCAAGUUCUGGGCUCUGUGCGGAAACGCUCUCACUCCAAAGCGCGGCAUCUUCGGGAAGGCGGGAGACCUGCAGACCAUCUUGUGUGUGGCGUCGGCUAAGGAGGACAUCACGUACUCGGGAGCGCUGAACGGGGACGUGUACGUGUGGAAGGGACUCAACCUGAUCCGGACGGUCCAGUCCGCUCACGGAGCUGGCAUCUUCAGCUUGUUCUCCUGUGAGGAGGGUUUUGCCACUGGAGGCAGAGACGGCUGCAUCCGGCUGUGGGACGUUGACUUCAAACCCAUCACUAAAAUCGACCUGCGAGAGGCGGAGCAGGGAUACAAAGGUCUGUCUAUUCGCAGUGUGUGCUGGCGAGCAGACCGGAUCCUCGCCGGAACUCAGGACAGCGAGAUCUUUGAGGUGAUGGUUCGAGACCGGGACAAACCCCUGCUCAUCAUGCAGGGACACAGCGAAGGCGAGCUCUGGGCGCUGGACAUCCACCCCAAAAAACCUCUGGCUGUCACCGGGAGCGACGACCGAUCCGUCAGGCUGUGGAGUCUGGUGGAUCACGCCCUCAUCGCUCGCUGCAACAUGGAGGAAGCGGUGCGCAGUGUGGCCUUCAGCAUGGACGGAUCCCAGCUGGCUCUGGGCAUGAAGGACGGCUCCUUCACUGUGCUGAGAGUCAGAGACAUGACGGAGGUCGUCCACAUCAAGGACAGGAAGGAAGUGAUUCACGAGAUGAAAUUCUCUCCAGACGGGGCGUACCUGGCCGUCGGCUCCAACGAUGGACUGGUGGACGUCUACGCCGUCGCCCAGAGAUACAAAAAAGUUGGAGAAUGCUGCAAAUCCUCCAGCUUCAUCACACACCUGGACUGGUCUCUGGACGGCAAAGUUCUGCAGACCAACGAUGGAGCUGGAGAACGCCUCUUCUACCGAAUGCCACUGGGGAAACCGGUCAGUAAGGAGGAGGUGAAAAAUCAGCUCUGGGCCUCCUGGAGCGGCAUCCUGGGCUCCGAGGUCAACGGCAUCUGGCCGAAAUACUCGGACUCAACAGCCGUCCACGCUGUGGACGCCAACCACGCCGCUGCGGUGCUCAUCACCGGAGACGACCUCGGCCUGGUGAAGCUGUUCCGCUUCCCCUGCCUGAAGAAAGGUGCCAAAUUCAAAAAAUACAUUGGACAUUCAGCCCAUGUGACCAACGUUCGCUGGUCACAUGACCUACAGUGGGUGUUGACUACGGGUGGGGCUGACCACGCCCUCUUCCAGUGGAGAUUUCUGCCAGAGUCAGUCAUGAAUGGGGGUGUGGAUGUCAACAUUCAAGACAGUUAUGGCGACUCCGGCAGCGAGGAGUCAGACAGCGACGUGUCUGACGUCCCGGAGCUCGACUCCGACAUCGAGCAGGAAACGCAGAUCAACUACGACAGACAGGUUUACAAGGAGGACCUGCCUCAGCUCAGGCAGCAGAGCAGAGAGAAGAAGCAGCAGGUGGGAUCCUUGAAGAGACAGAAGGGGCCGGAGCAGGGCCUCCGACUGCGCUUCGUUCACGGGUAUCGUGGGUACGACUGCAGGAACAACCUGUUCUACACUCAGAGUGGCGAGGUGUUGUUCCAUGUGGCGGCGGUGGGCGUGGUCUACAACCGUCAGCUGCACAGUCAGCGCUUCUAUUUGGGCCACGAUGACGACAUCCUGAGCCUCAGCAUCCACCCGCUGAAGGACUUUGCUGCUACAGGACAGGUGGGGAGGGACCCGGCCAUCCAUGUUUGGGACAUCCAGACUCUGAAGUGUCUGUCCUUGCUGAAGGGUUUUCAUCAGAGAGGCAUCUGUGCGCUGGACUUCUCAGCGGAUGGAAAAAGUCUGGUUUCAGUGGGGCUGGAUGAUGAACACUCCAUCAUCCUGUGGGACUGGAAGAGAGGAGAGAAGCUGGCAACGGCUCGGGGUCAUAAAGAGAAGAUAUUUGUGGUGAAGUGUAACCCCAUGCUCAUGGACAAACUGGUCACUGUGGGAAUUAAACACAUCAAGUUCUGGCAACAUGCAGGGGGCGGCCUCAUCUUCAAGCGUGGUGCGUUCAGGAGCUUUGGCCGGCACGAGACCAUGAUGUCCGUGUGCUACGGUCGUAGCGAAGGGUUGGUUUUCUCUGGCGCCGCCACCGGCGACGUUUACAUCUGGAAGGAGCCGCUGCUCCUGAAAACAGUCAAAGCUCAUGACGGGCCGGUGUUCGCCAUGUUCUCCCUCGACAAGGGCUUCGUCACAGGAGGGAAGGACGGUGUGGUGGCGCUGUGGGACGACAUGUUUGACCGCUGCUUAAAGACCUACGCCAUCAAGAGAGCAGCGCUGUCCCCAGCAUCUAAAGGCCUUCUACUGGAGGACAACCCAUCCAUCAGGGCCAUCACUCUGGGUCACGGUCACAUCCUGGUAGGAACCAAAAAUGGAGAAGUCCUAGAAAUUGACAAGACUGGACCAAUGACCUUGCUGGUGCAGGGUCACAUGGAGGGGGAAGUUUGGGGUCUGGCCCCCCACCCCCUGCUGCCGAUCUGCGCCACCGUCAGUGACGAUAAAACCCUGAGACUGUGGGAGACUUCCACCAGUCACCGCAUGGUGGCCGUCCGCAAGCUGAAGAGAGGUGGUCGCUGCUGUGCCUUCUCCCCCGAUGGGAAAGUGCUGGCGGUUGGCCUGAGUGACGGCGGCGUGCUGGUGGUGAACGCCGACACUCUUGAAGAUCUGCUGAGCUUCCAUCAUCGCCGCGACGCCAUUUCUGACCUCCGCUUCACCCCAGACUCAGGUAAAUACCUGGCGGUGGCGUCACAUGACAGCUUUGUGGACAUCUACAACGUGUUGACCACCAAGAGGGUGGGGAUCUGUAAAGGAGCGUCCAGUUACAUCACACACAUGGACUGGGACACCCGAGGUAAACUUCUGCAGGUAAACACAGGAGCCAAAGAGCUGCUGUUCUUUGAAGCUCCGAGAGGAAGAAGACAAACCAUCAAAAACUCUGAGCUGGAGCGUAUCAGCUGGUCCACCUGGACCUGCGUUCUGGGUUCCAGCUGUGAAGGGAUCUGGCCCACCCACAGUGACAUCACAGACAUCAACGCAACAUCUCUAACCGCCGAUCGGACACUGCUCGCCACCGGAGACGACUUCGGCUUCCUCAAACUGUUCAGCUACCCCGUCAGAGGUCAGUUUGCCCGUUUCAAACGCUAUGUGGGCCACUGCGCUCAGGUCACAAACGUGCGCUGGGCUCACGACGACUCCAUGCUUUUGACGGUGGGCGGAGCCGACACGGCCUUGAUGAUCUGGAAGAGGGAAAGGGGGGGCGGAGUCAACGCAGAUGGGGAGGGGACUUCGUUUCGAGACAACCAGCCGCUGGUGGACAGCGAGGAGUCGGACGAUGACACAGAAGAAGAUGGAGGCUACGACAGCGAUGUUGCCCGAGAGAAGAUCGUGGACUACGUCACCAAGAUGAGCACCGCCAGCAUGAGAGAGACGAGAGGAAGCAAACCCCACCAGCAGCAGAAGGAGAUGAAUGCUGAGGAGAGAGGAUCCAGGCCUCCUGUGAGCCGAGCAGCACCGCAGCCUGAGAAACUGCAAAAGAACAACGUGACCAAAAAGAAGAGGCUGGUGGAGGACCUGGUUCUGGAUCAUGUGUUCGGUUUCCGCGGCUUUGAUUGCCGGAACAAUCUGCACUACCUUAACGAAGGCUCAGACAUCGUCUACCACACCGCUGCCACCGCCAUCGUCCACAGUCUAACUACUGGAACUCAGAGUUUCUACCUGGAGCACACAGAUGACAUCCUGUGUCUGACGGUCAACCAGCAUCCUAAAUUUAAGAACAUCAUAGCAACAGGACAGAUCGGAACGACUCCCUCAAUCCAUGUGUGGGACGCCAUGAGCAAACAGACCCUGUCCAUCCUCCGCUGCCCGCACGCCAAAGCCGUCGGCUACGUGAACUUCAGCGCCACGGGGAAGCUGCUGCUGUCCGUCGGAGUGGACCCUGAACACACCAUCAACGUGUGGCGCUGGCAGGAGGGAUCCAGAGUUUGCAGCAGAGCCGGACACCCAGACCGGAUCUUCGUGGUGGAAUUUCGUCCGGAUUCUGACUCUCAGUUUGUGUCCGUGGGAAUCAAACACGUGAAGUUUUGGACGUUGGCUGGUGGAGCGCUUAUGCACAAGAAAGGAGUGGUGGGCACGGUGGAGGACGGCAGGAUGCAGACCAUGCUGUCCAUCGCAUUCGGAGCCAACAACCUGACGUUCACGGGAGCCAUCAACGGGGACGUGUACGUGUGGAAGGAUCACUACCUGCUGCGGGUGGUGGCGAAGGCUCACACAGGCCCGGUGUUCGCCAUGUACACCACGCUGAGAGACGGGCUCAUCGUCACCGGAGGAAAAGAGCGGCCGACGAAGGAAGGCGGCGCGGUGAAGCUCUGGGAUCAGGAGAUGAAGCGCUGCCGGGCCUUCCAGCUGGAGACGGGUCAGCAGGUGGAGUGUGUACGAUCCGUCUGCAGAGGCAAGGGUAAGAUCCUGGUGGGGACAAAGGAUGGGGAGAUCAUCGAGGUGGGGGAGAAGAACGCGGCGUCCAAUCUGCUGCUGGACAGCCACGCUCCCGGAGGAAUCUGGGGUCUGGCUGCUCAUCCCGCCAAAGACCUGUGCAUCACCGCCAGCAACGACGCCACCAUCAGGCUGUGGGACCUCGCUGACAAGAAACUGCUGAACAAAGUGUGUGUGGGUCACCCUGCUCGCUGUGUCAGCUACAGCGCCGACGGAGACAUGCUGGCAGUGGGGAUGAAGAACGGCGAGUUCCUCAUCCUCCUCGCCAACUCUCUCAAGAUGUGGACGAAAAAGCGAGAUCGAAGUGUCGCCCUGCAGGACAUCCGCUUCAGUCCGGACCGGCGGUUGAUGGCGGUGGGCUCUGCGGAGAACACGGUGGAUGUGUACGACAUGAGCGCCGGCCCGAGUCUGACCCGGCUGGUUUACUGCUGCGACAUCCCGGCUUUCAUCCUGCAGCUGGACUUCUCUGCAGACAGCUGCUACAUACAAGUGUCCACAGGAACCUACCAGCGGCAGGUGUUUGAGGUUCCUUCAGGGAAGCUGAUCAGCGAUCAGAGCGCCAUCGACAGGAUCACCUGGGCCACGUGGACCAGCAUUCUGGGAGAUGAAGUUUUGGGGAUUUGGCCGCGUAAUGCAGAAAAAGCCGACGUGACCUGCGCAUGUGUGUCCCACGCCGGCCUGAACAUCGUCACCGGAGACGACUUUGGACUGGUCAAACUCUUUGACUUUCCGUGCACAGAGAAGUUUGCCAAACACAAGCGCUACCUCGGCCACUCGCCUCAUGUGACCAACAUCCGCUUCUCCCACGAUGACAAGUUUGUGAUCAGCGCAGGACUAGACGACUGCAGCAUGUUUGUGUGGAAAUGUCUGUAAACGCCGAGAUCCGAAGCGCCUUAACAGCACCACCAAGUGGAACUAGAGUCAUCACAAAGAGCCUCCACGGUUUAACAAACACAAACGGCCUGCUGAGCAAAUGUUUACAAUCCACUCGGGUGGCUUCAACUGUGACCAAGCGGGAAACUGCAGCGCCCCCCAGAGGUGGAAGAGAGAUGACGCAGAUACCCGUCUCUAACACUGCACACUCUGACCUUCAAACAGGCCUUCACAGUGCAGCGCCGACGCGUACGCUCACCUUCACACUUCGUCUCCUUACUGUUUACAAAUCUGUUCCUUUAGUUUGCUCUUCCACAAGCACACGGCAGAUCUCACCUCAAACUCCCACCCAUCACAUGCAGGCCUCACCUUCAUCCAGAUGGUGAAAGAGAGCAGAUUCCUGAACCCCGAGAGGCUAUUCAGGACCGUGGAGAGAAAGAUUGGAUAUGUAGUACAUCUCCCAUCGUCUCCUGCAUCCAGAAAAUUCUGCAGAAGAUGCUGUUUUCUACAAAUUAACUAGAAUCUGGAUUUAACUCUCCCAUAUUCAUAUUUAGUUGUUUUUUUUUUUAAUAAAAUGUAGUUUUAAGAUACAAAAUAUGCUUGAAAAUAUGUACAUAUUUUUUUACUAUUGGAAUUUUAUAUAGAUGUGUGUAAUUUUUAUAUUUUGUUACUUUUUUUGAUUAAAAAAACAAAAACAUCUAGAGCUUGAGCUUUCACAGUUCAUUUAAUCUUCUGAUAAUCUGAAAACAUCUAACAUUCCCCUACAAAUAAUCUAAAAAAAAAAAUCACCAAAACUGAAGACCAAAUAUGUGUUUGAUGAAAACAGCAUCUUCAUUUAAGAAAAAAAAAAGGACAAGUUAGUCCUGACUGUUUCAGCUUCAUGUUUCCAGAAACUUCCUGAAUUGUCGAAGGCAAAUCUACAGCUCCCUCUGCUGGAGAACGUUGCUGCAUCUGAUCAUCGUCAGACAUAAGUGCCUUUUUUAAAUCUUUCUCCUCGUUUCUUAAUUUACCUCUGAGCUGUGAGGGAUUUCAUACCGUCUUUUUUAUUCGUGCUUUUAUUUUGAAACCAUUCUUGGACUUAUUUUGUACUCUGUCUGGUGCUACAAAGAGAUUGUUCAUCCUGAAUGAACAGACAAAAAAAAGAACAUUUUUUUGCUUUGCUGCUGCUUUUUGUUUGAAAAACAUCCAAAGCUUCGUUGAUGGUGAAAGAACAUUUACAGGAACAUAUUGGUGUCAUUUAUGCCUGAUGUGACGUGUGGAUGAUUUCUGUGAUGAAUAGUAGCUGUUGUGAAAAGUGUCUGUUUGUGAAGAAUAAAACUGACUACUCACA